AUGGGAAACGACAAAGCUGUCACCGUCACCGUAGCCACCGUGGCCGGGGACACAGAACGCCGAAGGACGUUUUCGACCCUGUCAACAAGCACCGCCUCGAGCCUUGUCUCCGUGAAGUCGCGCCGUCCACCUCACGUGGGGAGCACCGAAAAAGUGCGCGAGCUCGUCCGACUUGCUCUGACCCGUCUCCGUGUUCUUCUCAGUGAGCGCAACGGCACUCGGAAGCCUAUCUCCCAGAAAGGCCUCUUCGCUUACAACUACGUCGAGCCUCUCUUCAACUGGUGGGGUGCCAACUACCGAGUCCUCCUCACCCAGUGCCUUGGCCGUGUUGAAGCCCGUGACGCAUUCGGAUCCGCGACGAAGCUGGUGAAUGGCGCCUCGCACAACUAUGCCGGCUUCUACAAGGCCACCGCCGAAGCCGAGAGGCUGCAGCGUUUGUGCCUCGAGAUGCUCCCCGUCUCUGAGAGCGAUGCAGUUCCCUUCCUCAGGGACGAGACACACCAGGCCAUUGCCAAGUUUCUUGGUGCCGACUUCUGCUUCACCACGAGCACGGGUUACGGCUCAAACUACAUCGCCCUUCCGGCACUGGUCGACUGCGCUACCGUCAUCAUCAUGGACGAGAACUGCCACAACUCCAUGUUCACUGGCGUGUUUCUUGGGAUCUGCCCCAACCUUCGCAAGUUCAAGCACAAUAAUAUGGACCACUUGGAGACGCUGUUAAGUGGGUGCAUCGAUGCAACGGACAACAUCAUCGUGGCGAUCGAGGGUCUUUACAGGUUGGUACAUCUCAACACUAUCGUUACGCACCAUUUACUAAAUUUGAACGAUGACAGCAUGGAAGCCGACGUACCACCUUUGGAUGAAAUCCAUCGACUGAAGAAAGAAUAUGGCUUCACAUUAUACUGCGACGAAGCGCAUUCUUUCCUGUCACUCGGCAAAACCGGCCGAGGAUGCUUGGAGUACUGGAACGACUACCAUCCGGAGAACCCCUUACCAUGGGACCUCAUCGACAUACGCACAGGUACCCUAUCCAAGGCUGUAGGGGGUAUUGGAGGUAUUAUCGUCGGAAAGGGCCAAUUCCAGGAAAGUGUCAGAGAACGCAUAGAGAACCUCGACGAACAGGAAAAUGCCUCCCUGCCCAGUUCCACCAUGGCGCAGACUCUCUGGGUUCUCGGACAACCUGCUCGCAUCAGCCGAAGUCUGCAGCGUCUCGCGAACAUCUCCCGCUUUUGCCGAGAGGAACUAGAACGCUUCGGUAUCUUUGUCUAUGGCGACAUCGGUACACCCGUCCUUCCUGUUUACACUGGCAGGCCCAGCGUCUCAGCCAAGCUAUCAUAUGCUCUCCGCUGCGCAGGUCUCCUCGCCACGCCUGUAUGCACUCCUGCCGUCCCUUUCUGGGAAAGCAGAGUUCGCAUCAAUCUCUCGGCAGACUUUACUGACGAAGAAGUCAACCGCCUCGUCGAGGCAGUCAUUCGUGCAGCCGCCAGCGUCGGUAUUUGCAGAUCCCCAGGCACAGUUCGCUUCCUUUUCAAGACCGAUCAGGAAAAUUUCACGGUAGACGAUGAUCCCGAAGAGGCGGAAAGGUCGUAUGACUGGGUGCGCGGUUUGAUCAAGAUGGACGCGACGAUGGGUCCGACGAGCCAGCAGAGACAGCUGUUUGACACCACAUGUGGCCCAAGGAUUCUUGAGAUAGGCCACAAAUCCCGCGUACAGUAUGGCGUCGGUGCCGGAGGUGCGCGCUGGAUCUGCGGGACAUUCCCUCCUCACCUCGCAGUUGAGAAGCUCAUCGCUAAAGCAACUGGCAUGGAGGCGGGCCUGACCUAUGCGGAUGCCUCAAUCGGACUCGCAUCAACCAUCGCUGCACUAUCGCGACCGCUAUUAGGAUACACCAAGCACUAUCUCCUAUUUGAGAGGGGCGCAAGUCAGUUUGUGCGCGAUGGCAUCGUGAUGGCGCCGAAGAAGGAUGCACCCACUUUGCUCAGCUACAUCGACUUAUUUCAGCUCGUGCAGCAAGUCAGAAAGCUUUCGCGCAGUAACCAGAGACUGUGUCUCACGGUAUACGUCCGUGUCGGCGAAGAUUCGGCUCAUCACUUGCUUUCAAACGUUCUUGAGGAGAUCGCGACUAUUACUGGUCCAGAGUCCUCUAUGACCAUUCUUCUUCACUGCACCUCUCAUUACCUGAACCCAAGGGAGCUCAUCUCGUUCCCUUGCAGGUCCAACAUCCAUGUUCUUGUGUGUGGUUCUUUCAAUCGUAUCUUCGGUCUGCCGGCGGGUUUCCUUACUGGCCCAGAUAGUCUCAUUAGGGAGUUGAGGUAUACGAGUAGGGGGUACAUGUUUACCACCUCACCACCCCCAUUCGUGAUGGAUAUGCUUCGUGCUGCGUUAGAGUGGAACUUGUCGACCGAUUAA